CAGCAACUACCUCGUCUCCUCUCUCCAUCAUCAUCAUCACCAUCCUCCCGCUCGUCCUCAUCCUCCUCCGCUCUCCUCCGCUCUCCUCCGCUCUCCUCCUCCUCCGCUCCUCAUCCUCACUCCUCCUCUCAAUCCAUCUCUCUUGCACAAGUACUUGCCGACCCACCAUUUUUGGCCGUCUCACCAACGACCAUCCACCCAAACUAAUCUGCACUCUUAACCCCCGUCUCCCAGCCUGAGGGCUGUGGCCCAUCUCUCCAACCAUGCCUAUGUUAUCCAAGGCAGCAACAACGUUCCGGCCCUUCCUGCGCUUUCAGACGCAGCACCAGCCGGACCUUUUCACAUCUAACCCGAGUCUCAUCCACCACCUCAACCAGCAUGGCAUCGUCGCGCAGGGCGCGGCUCAGACUGCCACCGGGUCAGGCGGUGCCGCCGGCGGUGCCGGCCGCGCAUACGGCGGCGCUUCGGGCGGCUACACUGGCUCUUCGCGCGCCUUUGCCUCCCUCGCCGGAUCAAGUGGCGAGAUCGCUGGCGUGAACAACAGCGCCGAGGAGCGUGAGAAGCGCAAGGCUCGUCAGUCCGCCGCUUUCGCCCUCAAGCGCGGCGCUAAAGUUCCGGAGCCCACUAUCCCCCGCACCGUCAUGAUGAAGGACCGCAUGGCGCCGCUCGCUGGCAGCCGCCCCGUCACCAUGAUCGAGAUGAGGGAGGAGGGCGCCGAAGAGCGUGCCUCAAUCACCUACCCCGCGUGGACGGCGCUGCCACCCGACGCCGCACCCGGCGGACCUCUCUGGGUCACUGGCUCUGCGCCUCGGCCCAUCGGCGCGCGCGCUUUCUCCACCACCGUUCAGAGGUCUGACCACGACGAACAUGUUCCUGUGCCCCUCAUCUCCGGCGCUGGACCCUCUCGCAUCGAGCAGCCAAACCACGUGCUCCAGGACCUUGCGGGUCUUGACCUCGGCCGCCCUGGCCGUGUCGGGCAGAGACGCCGCAACUCCACUGCCAGCGUUGUGCGCUCUGAGACUGACGAGGCACCUGACGUCCUUUCACCUCGCGCACCUCGCGAUGCCGACCAGCAGGCCGACUACAACAUCUUCCGCGCGAUCGAGGACAGCGACAAGAACAACACUGAGUUUGUUCGGCGCCUGAUCGAGCAUUACCGCCAGCCGCGGACGGGUGAGCAGGCCUCGUCCACCCUCGCGGAGCAGUACCCUCUCCCAGCCGGAUACACAACCGCCACGUACAACGCUAUCCUUUCUUUCCUGCUGCAGCACCGCAGACGUGGAGCCAGCAUUGCCUCCAUUCUCGACAUCUACAACGAGAUGCUUGCCCGCGACAUUGUGCCUAAUAUCCGCACCACUUGCCUCGUCGUCCGCGCCCUCUGCCUGCGUGAGGAGGACGUUUCGGCUGCUUCGCGCCGCUGGGUCCAGGAGAUGGAGACCCAGAAGCUGAACGAGCAGCAGCUCGGCGUCUCGGCCGCAAAGGACGAGAAUGCAGCCCAGAUCAUCGAGGGAUACCAGCACGAGCAGAACUUGGCCUCAGCGGUCAACCUGUACCGUGUCGCCACAACCUUCUUCAAGGGUUCGGGCUCGAGCCCCGGCGCGAUCAAGAAGAUGGAGCAGAAUGCUCUCGAGGACCUGCUCACUGCCGCCGCCACUUCAAUUGGUCUGCCACAUGCCCCGCAGCCCGAGACGAUCCAGUUCCUCCUCGACCAGCUCAACGCCGUUCCCACGGUGUACCUCGCGAGGCAACUGGACAGCGUCGUUGCUGGGUUCCAGCUGCUCGCUGUGCUCAAGGAUCUGGAGGGUACGAAGAAGCUGUGGGACCGUCUUCUGACGGAUCGCCCCGAUUUCUUCACCAACCAAUCUUACGGUGCGCGCGCCGCCGAGGCUCAGUCAGAGGCCAUUAAGGCGUUCUUCGCCGCGGGCGACAAGGCCAAGGCCGUCGAGAUCGCCAACGUGAAGGGGGAGGGCAAGUAUUUGCACCUCGCCCUGGCAUCGUCGCUCGCCAAGGCUGGUGAGCUGGACGAGGCCAUCAAGCUGCUGGGUGAGGGUGGCGCGGAGACUAACACCUCCAUCGUCGCCGUUUUAGAUGUCGCCGAGGCCCUGGUUGCGGCCGGCCGCUACAAGGAGGGUGUCAACUACAUCACCCAGCUGCGUCGCUCUGCUCUCGUGAACCACCCUGGCCGCGGUCUGGACGGUAACCGGACGCGCAACAUCUACACCCGCGUGCUCGGGGCGACCCUCAAAAACCCCGAGGACCCCGAGCUCAUCAGCGCCCUCGCCGAUGCCGCAGCCAGCUGCUCUUCGCGUGUCGAGCCUACCCUUCUGGCGAAGCACAUUGAGAUCCUCGUCAACACCGCCCGCUACAGCGACAUUAGCCCGCUCCUCCUUAACGGUCCAUCGUCGCCCAAGCAGGCUGCCGCGGCUGAGAACGAGGACACCGCUCUCCUUCGCGAGGCCUUCGCCGCUGUCGUCACCUCCGAGGCGCCUAUCUCGGUCGUGCUCCAGGCCAUCCGUGGUUUUGCCCGCCUUGGCCACCCCGUUGCGCACCCAAGCGACUCGAUUCCCCUCCCAACUGCCGUCGUCGACAAGUAUGUCGCAUCGCGCGCGCGCGUCCAGACUGUCGGUGAGCUCGGCAUCCAGCUCGACGGCUGGUACCGCCUCCUCGAGGCCUUUGACGCCAUCCCAACUUCGCACAUUGACGCGGGUGCGGCCGAUGCUGCUCUCGAGACCUUUAUGGCCGACCUCGCCGAGGCGCAGAAGUCGGGCGGCCUCAAGCUUCCCAACACGAUCUUCACUUCGACUUCGGUGCAGCAGCUCGUCGGUAUCCUCACGGCCCGUUUCGGCGUCGAGCACACCACUGAGCUCGUCACGAAGGCCUUUGGCGACCGCGCCUCCCACCUUCUUCCCACCCCUGAGCAGAGCCGCGCCGGAUCUGAGUCCGAGUUCACGCUGCCCCCGACGCCUGAGUCGGCACAGUCGCCGCCCGCCACUGUCCAGCCAGUUUCGGAGCACACCCUGCACAUCAACCCUAAGCUCGCGGGGCUCAUCGACCGCCUCCAGGCGCCCGUGCCUCCUGUGACUGCUGUGCAGGUGUACAGCACUAUCCGCGACAGCAUUUCGCGCGAGAACGCUGUUCCCGCCCCCGAUGCGAUCGGUCGUCUCAUCGCGCAGCUCGCGCGUGCCGGCGAGGAGGCCAAGGCCCGUGAGCUUUACCAGCUCGCGCAGGUUGUGCUCGCCUCGUGCCUCCCGGACCCGCAGCAGCAGGCCGAGGGGUGGCGUGCCGUUGAGGACAGCAUGAUUGCCGCAUGCUGCUUCCUUGGACAGCUCGAGCAGGCGGGCAUGCACCGUGCGCGCAUCAUCGAGGCUGGCAUGGCGCCCUCAGCAGAUGCGUACGCGACGAUGAUUGCGUCGUCGCGCGACUCGACUGACGACGCGCUGGUUGCCCGCGAGCUAUUUGACGAGAGUCAGAGCCUGGGCGUCGUGCCCCACCUGUACCUGUUUAACACGAUCAUUUCCAAGCUGUCCAAGGCCCGCAAGGCCGAGAUGGCGCUCGACCUCUUCCAGCACAUGAAGAGCGCUGGCAUCCGCCCCUCGUCCGUCACUUAUGGUGCCGUCAUCAACGCGUGCUGCCGUGUCGGCGACGCCGAGAGCGCCGAGACGCUCUUCGAGGAGAUGGUCAAGCAGCCGAACUUUAAGCCCCGUGUCCCGCCUUUCAACACUAUGAUGCAGUUCCACCUCCAGACGCGCCCGUCGCGCCAGCGUGUGCUGCACUACUACGACUCGAUGCGCGCCGCAGGUGUCCGCCCCUCGGCGCACACCUACAAGCUUCUUCUCGACGCCUACGGCACGCUCUCGCCCACGGACCUGACCGCCAUGAACCGCGUGUUCGGGGAGCUCUGCGCCGACCGCAAGGUGCCGGUGCAGGGCACGCACUGGGCGUCGCUGAUUAUGGCGUUUGGCCUGCACGGCGGUGACGUGGCCAAGGCGCUGUCGGUGUUCGACUCGAUCGGGAGCCAUCCGUCGACGAAGAGCGCGGUGCCGGAGCCCGUGGUGUGGGAGGCCAUCCUGAACGUCCUCGGCCAGAAGGGGACACUGGAGCAGCUCGAGGCGAUGCGUGCGCGCUUGGACAAGAGCGGCGCCCGGCCCACGGCGUACGUCUGCAAUGUGCUGAUCGCGGGCUACGCGAAGCACGGCCACAUCGAGCGCGCGCGCGAGGUGUUCGAGUCCAUGGCGGAUUCGGUGACGGGCGUCGCGGCGCCCAACAACCACCCGGCACUGCUCACGUCGAGCGGGCACGUUAAGCCUGCGUCGACGACGCCACUCGCUGACAAGGUGUACCGCGAGCCGUCGACGUACGAGGCUAUGGUGCGCGCCGAGUUGCUUGCUGGUGAGCGGGGGCGGGCAGAGGCCGUGCUCGCGCGCAUGGAGGAGCGGCGGUACCCCGUCGCCGUGUGGAUGAAGGCGCGCGCGAUCCUGGACGAGGGGAUCUAAUGGGAGAGACGUAGAACAGGGAUGCUCGAGGAACGGGCACAGGUGUAAUCGCAUGUUAGCAUAGCCUCUACCACACCACUCAUCUUGUAUUAUUAAUAUGGAUAAAUGUGAGGACG